CUCUGUGUCAGUAACAACUGGAGGAUGGUAAAUUAAGGUGGAAAUAAUAAAAAAAAGCAGUUGAAUUAAAAGUGUAGUGAACAGCAGUUUUCCUCACAACACACCAAAAAUCAUCCAAAUGUCUAACCAACAAAGCUGAAAAAGAUAGAAACUAAUUUAAACCACAUUAAAAUAAUUACACUAGCCCACACACACACUUUUAUCCAAUAACAAAUCAAAUCAACUAAGCGCAGAGGAAAUACAUGAAAAGAGAAAAUAUGGCUUCAAAUACAGAUUCCGAUACGCAAGUCAACAUAGAUGAUUUACCUGUAACAUUUAAGGUCAAAUACAUUGGCUCCGAGGUGGCUCGUGGCCUAUGGGGCAUUAAAUAUACCCGCCGUCCCGUUGACAUAAUGGUGAGUGCUGCCAAAAAUCUGCCGCCCAACAAAACUCUGCCCCACUGUGAACUGAAAGUGUCUACGGAGGGUGUGAACAUAGAAAUUCUACAGCCCAAGGCCAGCAUUAAUAAUUGGAGUUAUCCCAUCGAUACCAUAUCCUAUGGUGUGCAAGAUCUAGUCUAUACUCGUGUCUUUGCCAUGAUUGUGGUGAAAGAUGAGUCCAGUGUUCAUCCCUUCGAGGUGCAUGCCUUUGUAUGCGACAGUCGAGCCAUGGCCAGAAAACUGACUUAUGCCUUGGCCGCUGCCUUCCAAGACUAUUCGCGCAAGGUUAAAGAGCAUGGCAGUGAUGAGAGUAGUGACAAAAUCACACCCACCCGUCAAAAGUUUGCUAUAGAUCUAAGAUCCCCCGAAGAAUUGGCCGAGGACGAUGAAACGGAAGCUUAAUUAAUUUAAAAUUUUGUAGUUUUAAUUUACAUUUUGUUUUUUUUUUAACUUAAAAGUAUUUAAGUCUUGUGAUGAUUUUAUUGUAAAUUUGUAUUUAUUGUAUUGAAACUUUUAAUGUUUUUUUGCUUAAUUUUAUUUAAUUUUUAAAAAAGGAGGAUGUUAUACAAAAAAUACUAUAGUUUGUUCCAAGUGCUACUUAAAAUCUUUGUAAUAUAUUGUUACAAUAGUAUUUUUUUUUUUUUUUUUUUGAAAAAAUGUAAAUGUAAUUUGUGAUCCUCAUACAGCUAAUUAUCCAAAGUUUUAAUAAAUACAAAUAUUUUGAUCGUAAAUAA